AUGUCCAGUGGAGCUGUGCAAAUCGGGAUCAGACCGUUCUCGCGAUACAUCUUCAUCGGCGCCAGGGCUCGAACGAGAAGUUGCGCACCAUGCUGCCCAGCGACCAAAGGUCUGGGAAGGCCUAUACAGCAGGAGUCUAUACGUUGGAGCUCUGUAAAGGUAGCCAGGAUCGAGGAGGACGAAGAGGAUGCGGAAUUCGAUCUGCAAGUUGACGAUCGAAGAUGGGUUCCCGAAGCCAUGUUAGCGGAGGCGAAUCAGCCUUCAAGCUCGCAAGUAGCUCGAGAUAAGUUUAGUGAAAUUGAAGACAUCUUCGAGAGCAUUGCUGCAAGCUCUCUAACGCACGGAGAGCUGGCGGGUCCGCCCACCACAGCGCAGUAUUACUCGGUCGAUGGCGUAUCCAUCGAGGAUCUCAAAGCAGACACCCCUGCACGCAAGACGGCGCUUCUCGCCAUGCAAGCGCUCCGAGCCGACUCCCCUCUAGCCGAUCGUCUUGAGACGAAACACCUCGAAAUCAUCUUCAGCCAGCUCUACGGAGAAGACGUCUUCACUGAACUCCGACAAGUCGAUCAGAAUGCCUCGUCAACAGGAAUGCAACGGAGCCGCAAACAACGUCAGAGAGCACUUCGAUAUUCGCUGGCUCUGCUGUCACAACUACAGACGAUGAGACGACCUAGGACCCAAGAGAUGUAUAGGACCAUCUUGAGGCAUUGUGUGCAUGUCGGGAAACCAGAUAUGGCUGCGGCAGUUCUUGCUGGGUUGGUCGAGGAGUGGAUCCUCGAAGGAAGGGUGGCCGAGGUUGGGGUGGAUACGACGUUGUUCGGAGAAGGAGGGGUACCCGCGGUCCCUCAACAAUCCGCCGGAACAGGAGGCUCAGAGACGGAUGCGACUGCAGCCGAUCUUCAGGUCGCAGCUGUGGAACAGGCGGCUCGGACUAGGCGCAUGAAGCAGAUCAUCGAUGGGUGGUUUGAGGGCGUACGGACCUGGAGAUUGCCAGGAGAAGGGAUGGCCCCAUUGGACAAGCUCAAGCUAUGGCAUCCCAAGACAUUGAAGUUGCAAGAAAAGAUGAAGAAUUUCCCGUUCCCCUCACCGACAUCGCCUCCUUCGCUUGUACCGCCACCGAACGCCGAGAUGCUGGAUAUCAUCAUCUCUUCGUUGACGUACCAUCCGGCCGUUUCAUGGGGAAGUGCAAGAGGGGGAAGGUCGCAAGAUCCCGUCUUGGCGUCCCAGAACCGACCAUAUCGUCGAUCAGCCCGAGCGCUAGCCAUUCUGGGAAACACGAUCCUUUCCCGCACGCUACCUGUUACGGCGCUCAAAUCGCUCUUUCAAGCUAUGCGGAAAAUGUCGAUCGAGGUUCCCGUCUACCCGACCACAAUAAAAUGGCAAAGGAUUCCGAUCGCUAAUCGAUCCGAGUUCAGCGCGGGAACACAUAUUCACGCCGCGUUGAUGUCGCUGCUGUGGUCGCCUCCUUCGCUCAACUUUCCGCAUGGACGAUGGGCGUCUUACCGGCUACCGCCUUUGACAUUGACUUCCACUCGAGUCUUGCUGCACUAUGCAGUCAAGGCCUUACCGAGCGGAGCGACGAUUGUCAACUUUUUUCGGCAUAUCAAGUCGGCAUUUGGGAUCGGGAUGCUGAGCAAGGAAAAGCUCGGUCCGCCAGUUGACGAGCAAGCGGGACAUUGGAAAGGAUUCUUUCGGGUCAACAAGAUCGACGAACAGUUGCAGGUCAUGGAGCGGAACGCCGGAUCGGUGGAGAUCCCCGAGCCUCCGCUCAAGGAUGAGGACGUCAUUUUCAAGCUGCGGCUUAUUCAGGAUGGAAACAAGGCCGAGAUCGAAUCGAUCGUCUACAAGGCCUUCCCUUUCCUGGACGUGCAUAAUUAUCGAACUUUACCGAAAGAUGCGGAUUAUGCCAUUCUGCAUCGGGAACAGCACCGGCGGACGAGAUUGGCCGGAAUGGCGAAACGCCGGUCGCCCUGGAUCUUCGUUGCCUGCCUAAAUGCUCUGCAACGAACCAGAAGCACGCCACUCGCCGAGCGACUAUAUCUCUUGGCUUUGCGAGCUGAACAGGAUUCGGCGCGGCCAUCCGGAGGCGUCCGAAAGGAAUCGAGUGAUCCGGACACCUGGUUCCUGCCAAUCGAGGGGCAUACAGCCAUGUUGCAACUCUAUUCACAAGAGCAGCGAGACGGGCUGUCAAGCAAUUCGGCGAAACAGUCCAGCAGCCCGUUCCGAGGGCUAGACUAUAACAAAGCUGUCGGGAUGACUUCCACCAAGAGUCUUAUCACCCCUCAGCUCGCGGCGUGGCAGUCUGCUGGGUCAAUCGUUCGAUACGUACUAGACGCUGCAGCACAACUGAAGCUCGAUCAGGCUGAAAUUCAAACGAUGAAACAGAAGUCGUCCGAUUUCGAGUGGAGCAUUCGGUCACCACCUCUUCCUGAUAGCGAGCUCUUGUCGUUGGCAAUACGGAUGAGUGCGAAUCAGUUGACGGCCUGGUCUCAAGGCAAGACUUCCCCGGAGGAGAUCAACCGGAUCGGCAGGAUGAUCACCAGGAUUUACAAUGCUAGUAACGAUUACCAGGUCAAAUUGCCCAGAUCGACCUGGAACGAUCUAACGAAUAUACGACGUGAAGCAAGGCAGGCUUCUAACUCCCUCAGUCCUUCGUAA